GAAUUUAUAAACUCAAACGACUCAAAAUGCAGAUAUCUUAGCUCAGUGAGCUGCCAACCUGCUGCCCACCUCACAGAGAGGAGAGAGAACAGAUUAAUCCUUAUCUGACUGAAGGUGUGUGACAUGCUGCUGGACCAGGUUUGAUGCUGCCCGAGGAUCAUCAUAAUCUCCGGGAGGAUUCAAGGAGCAGCGGGGCUUCAGCAGGACCAUGGCAGGCUUACAGAGAUCUUCACAACAUCCACGGCUCUGUUUGAUCAUCUGUGCUUCCUCCAUUUUACUCCUCAUCCUCUUCAGCAGAGAUUUAAGAGACAGGCGGCAGGAAGAGAGGUACACAAGAGACCUGGACAGCCUUUUUGAGUCCACAGAAAUCCCUGCAGAGCACAUUGACCCCGCUGCCAUCGACCUCACCCCCCUGGUCAAUACUUUAAUAAAUUCAAGCCAAUCGGGCUCUCGUCAGCUCUUCUCUCUCCUCAGUGUGACGUCGUACAGCUCUCUGGCUCUCCAUAAACUCACACUGUUGGUCUACAACAUUUCCAGCAUUAAAAGUAUCGAGAGUAACGUGUUCAGGAGGAGAUUCUGCUACUGUGUCACCAAUGAGACCAACGACCUCACAGACUUUACGGCCAUUCUUCUGGAUGUGAUGGGCAACUCAACCACUUACCUUCAGGAGAUCUUCAAAUCGGCCUCCAUAUUAUCAGUAAGCCAGAGGAACAACUCAGACUGUAUUUACAUCUGUGUGAUGGCUGGAAAGAUGGGCAGAGAGGUGCCAGAGCUGUGGAGGGUCGACUCCAUCACUCCUCUGUUUAACCAGACCAUCAUUGAAGGACAGAGAGGUAACGUCUCCUCCAUCCGGCUCCCCGUGGAAUGGCAUCAACUGCCCACGAAUCUGAGUCACGUCUCUCCAUCUGGGAUGAGCUCCAUGUUAACCAGCAGAGUCCACUCCACGGCACAUGUUUCAUCUCCAACAGUGGAGGAAACCGCUGAUCCAACAACAAAGAUGACCACAACAUCUCCACAAGCUGCUCCAAUAGCACCCCAAAGACAAACUACAGUGGACAGAUGGGACACAACAACACAAACUACACAAAGAGAGACCACACAGGACGUAACACAAGCAGCAACGACAGCACAAGCAAAGGAUACAGACAAAUCCACAUUUAUGACAACUUUACAAGCAGUCACAUCAAUGCAACCGACUACAACCCAAGAAGUUACAACUGCUCCUCCUUCUCCAACCACAGCUACAACACAGACAACCACUGCUUUAGCUGAACUGACAACAUCCUCACCAGAAAUUAGUCCAGCCCUGCUAACGUCAGACUCAGAGCAUCCAACAACGACCCAGCUCAUGACCUCUACAGCUUUUCCAAUAAGACUCUCAUCUGCAAGUCCGACAGCAGGACCCACGCUGGCAAAAAGGACUACAGAGCCUCUAAGCAAGAGAACUACAACUCCCAGCAAGUCUACAGAAAUUGAAAAACCAGGUUGUCCAUGGAGACGGCCGGAUCGGACUGACGUCUUGGUCUUUGGCAGCACGACGACCGUCAGCGCUCACAAGCUUCAGUCCUGUGUCUUCGAGCUCUGCAAGUUCUUCUCUCAGUGCCUCUGCAGACCGUUCAGCCACAAGACACGCAUGAAAAGAUACUGUGAUGACAGCCACCUCUGGUAUGAAAAACACACGUCUGAGGUGUGUCGGCGGGUCAGAAGAGUCUCUUUCUCCAGAAAUCUCAAACAGAGAUGCCUGAUGAAGAUGUGCAAUAAACUGUGACCAGAGAGGAAGAGGACCAACACAAAGAGCUCUUCAUCAUCCCAAGGAGACACUGAAACCACAAACCACAGCUGAGCACAAGUCUAUAAAGACGUGCCACAACCUGGACGGUCACACUGAGUUUUUAUAUAAGGAAACUAGAACGAUCACUCUGAUAAGAAAAAUAAACAAAUCACUGAAUGAGAUUAUCUUUAAGGUCUGGAUAGUAAAUCCCUUCUGGACUAUAUCUGAAGUUACAUGUUUUAAACAGAGGACCUCUGGGGACUGGGGAGUACAAACAAAAAACAGAAU